CUCAGCCUCUUCUUCAGCCACUGCACCGGAGCAGGGGAAGCUAACUAGCUGAAGGGGACCCUGAGAAGCUCUCCCUGUCCCGACCCCCUCAUCUCCGCAGCGGGUCUCCUGGCCACACUCAGCACCCCUCUGUCUCCCGACUCUUCCUUUGGACUGCUCAAGGAUCUCCUCUAGCCUGUACCUGCUCUUGCUUCCCAAGACUUAGGCGCACCAGCUGCGCUUGGAAGAUAACCAAAGGACUGUGCGCUACCCUGGCCCCAUCCCUGUAGCUGAGGAUCGCUAGCGUCCCGAUUCCUUAAUCCACACAGGCUUUGAGUACUAGACACAAACAGCUCCAUCAUGGGGCUGGCCUGGGGGCUUGUCCUCUUACUGCUGCUGGAAGUGUGUGGCACCAACAGGAUCUCAGAGUCUGGGAGUGACAACAGUGUGUUCGACCUCUUUGAUCUCCCUGGUGCUGCCAACAAGGGCUCUGGGCGCCGUCUGGUGAAAGGUCCAGAUCCCUCCAGCCCUGCUUACCGAAUUGAGGAUGCCAAUAGGAUCCCCGCCAUGCCAGAUGACAAAUUCCAAGACCUGGUGGAUGCAAUCCGAGCAGAAAAGGGCUUUAUCUUCCUGGCCUCCCUGAGGCAGAUGAAAAAGACCCGGGGCACCCUGAUGACUGUGGAGUAUAAGGAUCAGUCCGGCCAUAUCUUCAGUCUAGUUUCCAAUGGCAAAGCAGGCACUCUGGAUCUGAGCAUGGCUGUGCAGGGGAAGCAGCAGGUGGUAUCAGUGGAAGAAGCUCUCUUGGCCACAGGCCAAUGGAAGAGUAUUGUCCUGUUUGUUCAGGAGGACCGGGCCCAGUUGUAUGUCGGCUGUGAAAAGAUGGAGAAUGCUGAAUUGGAUGCCCCCAUUGAAAGCAUCUUCACCAGGGACCUGGCUGGCAGUGCCAGACUCCGUGUGGCUAAGGGAGAUGUAAACGAUAACUUUCAGGGGGUGCUGCAAAAUGUGAGGUUUGUCUUUGGAACCACACCAGAGGACAUCCUAAGGAACAAAGGCUGUUCAAGCUCCACCAAUCAAAUUAUCACACUCGACAACCCAGUAAAUGGUUCCAGCCCUGCCAUUCGCACUAACUACAUUGGCCACAAGACCAAGGACCUGCAGGCAAUCUGUGGCUUCUCCUGUGAUGAACUGGCCAACGUGUUCCUGGAGCUUAAGGGACUUCGGACCAUAGUGACCACGUUGCAAGACAGUGUCCGGAAGGUGACUGAAGAAAAUGAACUACUCUCAAAUGUGGUGAAGAAGGCUUGGUCCUACCCUGGAUGCAACUACAAUGGAUUUCAAUAUAAUAAUAAUGAUAUGUGGACUAUUGAUAGUUGCACCGAGUGCCAUUGCCAGAACUCAGUAACCAUGUGCAAAAAAGUGUCCUGCCCCCUCAUGCCCUGUUCCAAUGCCACAAUUCCUGAUGGAGAGUGCUGCCCACGUUGCUGGCCCAGCGAUUCUGCCGACGAUGGCUGGUCUCCAUGGUCUGAGUGGACAUCCUGUUCGGUGACCUGUGGCAAUGGGAUUCAGCAGAGAGGCCGUUCUUGUGACAGCCUCAACAACCGAUGUGAAGGCUCCUCCGUACAGACUCGUACUUGCCACAUUCAAGAGUGCGACAAGAGAUUCAAACAGGAUGGAGGCUGGAGUCACUGGUCUCCAUGGUCAUCUUGCUCUGUGACCUGUGGCAGCGGUGAGAUCACCAGGAUUCGACUCUGUAACUCUCCUAGCCCCCAGAUGAAUGGAAAGCCAUGUGAAGGAGAAGCAAGAGAAACCAAGGCCUGCCAGAAAGAAGCCUGCCCAAUCAAUGGAGGCUGGGGACCUUGGUCACCAUGGGAUAUCUGCUCUGUCACCUGUGGAGGAGGACUGCAGAAGCGUAGCCGGCUCUGUAAUAAUCCCAAACCCCAAUAUGGAGGCAAGGAUUGCAUGGGUGAUGCUACUGGAAGCCAAAUCUGUAACAAGCAGGACUGUCCCAUUGAUGGAUGCCUGUCAAAUCCUUGCUUUGCUGGUGCCAAGUGUACCAGUUACCCUGAUGGCUCUUGGACAUGUGGUGCCUGUCCUCCUGGCUACACUGGAAAUGGAAUCCAGUGCAAAGAUGUUGAUGAGUGCCAAGAGGUUCCUGAUGCCUGCUUCAACCACAACGGGGUGCACAGGUGUGAGAACACUGACCCUGGCUAUAACUGCCUGCCUUGUCCACCACGCUUCACAGGAUCUCAGCCUUUUGGACAGGGCGUUGAGCAUGCCACUGCUAACAAACAGGUGUGCAAGCCACGUAAUCCCUGCACAGAUGGAACGCAUGACUGCAAUAAGAAUGCCAAAUGCAAUUACUUAGGACAUUACAGUGACCCCAUGUUCCGCUGUGAGUGCAAGCCAGGCUAUGCCGGCAAUGGCAUCAUCUGUGGGGAAGACACUGACUUGGAUGGCUGGCCCAACGAGGACCUUGUCUGUGUCGCCAAUGCAACUUAUCACUGCAAAAGAGACAAUUGCCCUAACCUUCCCAACUCUGGCCAGGAAGACUAUGACAAAGAUGGAAUUGGUGAUGCCUGUGAUAGUGAUGAUGACAAUGAUAAAAUCCCAGAUGACAGGGACAACUGCCCAUUCCAUUAUAACCCAGCCCAGUAUGACUAUGAUAGAGAUGAUGUUGGUGACCGCUGUGACAACUGUCCCUAUAACCACAAUCCAGACCAAGCAGACACUGACAACAACGGAGAAGGAGAUGCUUGUGCUGCAGAUAUUGAUGGAGAUGGUAUCCUUAAUGAGAGAGACAAUUGCCAAUAUGUAUACAACGUUGACCAAAGGGAUACUGAUAUGGAUGGUGUUGGUGACCAGUGUGACAAUUGCCCACUAGAACAUAAUCCAGAUCAGUUGGACUCCGACUCUGAUCGUAUUGGCGAUACAUGUGACAACAACCAGGAUAUUGAUGAAGAUGGCCACCAGAACAAUCUGGACAACUGCCCCUAUGUGCCCAAUGCCAAUCAAGCUGAUCACGACAAAGAUGGCAAAGGGGAUGCUUGUGACCAUGAUGAUGACAAUGAUGGUAUCCCCGACGACAGAGACAACUGCAGACUGGUGCCCAAUCCUGACCAGAAAGAUUCUGAUGGUGAUGGACGGGGUGAUGCCUGCAGAGAUGACUUUGACCAUGACAAUGUCCCAGACAUUGACGAUAUCUGCCCAGAGAACUAUGACAUUAGUGAGACCGAUUUCCGACGAUUCCAGAUGAUCCCUCUGGACCCUAAGGGGACAUCCCAGAAUGAUCCCAACUGGGUUGUGCGUCACCAGGGUAAAGAGCUGGUCCAGACUGUAAACUGUGAUCCUGGCCUUGCUAUUGGCUUUGAUGAAUUUAAUGCCGUGGACUUCAGUGGCACCUUCUUUAUCAACACCGAAAGAGAUGACGACUAUGCUGGCUUUGUGUUUGGCUACCAAUCCAGCAGCCGCUUCUAUGUCGUGAUGUGGAAACAGCUCACCCAGUCCUACUGGGACAGCACUCCCACCAUAGCUCAGGGCUAUGCAGGUCUCUCAGUCAAAGUGGUCAACUCAACCACAGGGCCAGGGGAGCACCUGAGGAAUGCUCUGUGGCACACAGGAAACACCCCUGGUCAGGUUCGAACCCUAUGGCAUGACCCUCGUCAUAUUGGCUGGAAAGACUUCACUGCCUACAGGUGGCGUCUUAGCCACAGACCCAAAACUGGUUUCAUCAGAGUGGUGAUGUAUGAAGGAAAGAAAAUCAUGGCUGACUCAGGACCCAUCUAUGACAAGACCUAUGCUGGUGGAAGACUAGGAUUAUUUGUCUUCUCUCAAGAAAUGGUGUUCUUCUCUGAUCUUAAAUACGAAUGCAGAGAUUCCUAAUCACCAAAUUGUUACUCAAUAGAUUGAACUUUCAAAAUGCUGUGUUGCACCUUCUCAAACAAUGGACUUUAAGAGCCCCUGGGAUCAUCCUCUUCCUCCCUCUCAUCUUCUGCUUAACUAAAUGUGGAUUCUAAAAUAUGACUUGCCUUAAGAAAAUGCAACUUAAAAAACAGACUCGGUACUCAGCCUCUAUGGAACAAGAAGACAUCUUUCAAGGCUAUAAAGGAUUACUUUUAGUCUACAGUUGAGCAAGAAAAAGCAUCUGCUUGCUUCAAUCAGAAAGAUGUUUGCUGUGCUGUUCAGAUUGCAGGGUACUUAUGCCGCCCCUGCUAUUGGCAGCCCCAUGAAACGGCAUUUUGUAAUGAGGACAUCUCUGGAUGAGCUGUGAAUUGCAUCAGAAGCAUUUCCAUGCAUGUGAGGGACAGAACAACUGUGGGAUUAGCAAAAAAAAAGAAACUCCUCUAACUUACCCUCAUUUAAAAAUGGAUGAGGUGGGAAGGGAGAAUGUUUCUAGGGGUGGAGAGGGAGGCAGGUAGAUCCAUGUAACAUGUCUGGAGAAAGUAUGGAGGAACUGUUACAGUUCGGUAAUGAAUUUUUUUUAAAGGUGAAUGAAAAAACUAUUACUGGACUUCAGGAUACUGUCCAACAGUGUUAGCUGGUUAAUCCUUACCAAUAGACAUUUAAAUGGAAGGGGAGGGAGGGAAGAAUUGGCACACUGGAUUCCCAGCCUUCCCCAUCACUGUCACCUUUAAUGCCCCAAAUUGGCAGUCACAAUUAACUGGUAGAAGGCAAUGCUUCCCUGUCAUUGCUUGGUUAAAUAAAGAUGAUGUUUUAUUCCCGACGUAGCUUUUGCAGAUGUAGCAAAAAAGUAGGAAGACCUACCAUCUCAGUGAGCACAUGUGUUGUCCUUCAAGGAAUAGGCAACUGUGCUUAUAUUUUAUGGUUAGAAAGGCACAAAAAUUAUUAGCAACCUAAAUAGACAUUCCUUUUUAUCUUUUUUUUUUAUCAAUGUCAUGGACUUUCAUAACUCUCUUUCUUGGACUGUAGAUUUUAAAAAAAACCCUUCAAAAUGUAACAUAUUUAUUUUUUACCUCUCCUGGAUAACCUAUGACUGAAGGACUAUUCAAGAAACAAGGAAGAAGUGUAGAGACUAUUCAUGUAAUCAUUGUUACGAGUCUUCAUGACUGUAAGAUUGUAAAUACAGAUUAUUUAUUAACUCUGCUCUACCUUGAAUUUAGGUUUAGUUUUGAAAGCGCUGGGAUCAGAUAGUUGAGAUUUAUCAACUACAAAAGAGUAAAUGUCCCCUAAGAAUGUGGCUCAAGGAGAAGCAGUGAGUGGGGUGUUCUUUCAGUUAGUGAGUGUGAGUGAUUGGGUUUUCUGGUCUUUUUUGUUUUUGUUUUUGUCUUCGGGCAGUUUGGUUGGCUGUAGAUUAGUGGCUUGACUUUCAGAUGACAAGAAUGCCAAGAGGCCUUUACAUACUGUCUGUCCCAAUCUCUUGCGCCUGUUGCAAGGGAGAGGGAAAACCAUUUAUACCUGUUACCUUUCAUUUUUCCAAAAGAGAAAAAGAAAUGACAAAGGUGAAACUUAUGUACAAAUAUUACCUCAUUUGUUGUGUGACUGAGAUAAGAACCUUCGGAUCAAGUGGAAAGAGUUUUAAUGUCUAACAAACUUUUAAAUCUACUGUAGUACUAAAAGCAUUCAAUAUUGUACAUAGUAUAAAAAAAGAAACUUUGCAGAAAAAUGUAUUCCCUGUAAGAAAAUGGCAUCAAAAUGUUAAAUACAAUUUCUAAUGUUAUGUUUUUCUGUCAUCCUGUAUACCAUUGCUUUAUUUUUAUAAGUUAUUUUUCUCAUUGCCAUUGGAAUAGAUAUCUCAUAUUGUGUAGAUACGCUAUUUAAAUAAUUUAUCAGGAAAUGCUACCUGUAGAGUUAGUGUUUCUAUUUUUAUGAAAUGUUUGCACACUGAAUUGAAGAAUUUUUUUUUUGCUUUUUACUCCCUCCCCCCAGGUUUGUACUAUUUGCAUAUAUUCUUUUUCUAAGAAUGUUUUUUUUUUGGUACACAUUUUUAUCCAUUUUACAGUUUAAUGCAGCGUAAGUUGUACAGUUUCUUACAUAUGAGGAACAACAAUAAAUCAAUAUGGAAAUUUAUAUUUACA